AUGCUACAAGUUUGGCUUCUCUUACUCGCCGUUGUGUCGGCCCAGAGAUGCGACCCUAACAAUCGGGCUAUCCGUCGGGAAUGGGGGUCAUUCUCGCGACAGGAGCGUCUCGACUAUAUCGAUGCCGUCCAUUGUCUGCGAGAGAAACCGCCUAUUCUCCCGACAGAACAGUACCCGGGUGUUCGCCAUCGAAUGGAUGAUUUCGCAGCAACCCACAUCAACUACACACUCAAUAUCCACUUGAGCGGUAUUUUCUUUGGUUGGCAUCGGCGCUUUGUCUGGUUAUGGGAGAAAGCCCUACGCGAGGAAUGUGGUUACCCCGGCUAUCAACCGUAUUGGAAUUGGGCAAUAUCCGCCAACAACUUAUCCGCAAGUCCACUGUUCGACGGUAGCGAUACUUCCUUGUCUGGGAAUGGCGAUCCAGCUGAGGACCAAAACGACACGAUGACACUCGCGCCAACAAAUGUUACAAUACCUACGGGCUCUGGAGGAGGAUGCGUCACAAAUGGACCGUUCGCAAACAUUACCCUCAACCUUCCCGAUCUAGAUUCAGCCCCAGGCGAUGUCUUUCCAGAAAAUGCCUUUGCCUACACGCCACGUUGCCUAACCCGAAAUCUGAAUAACUUCAUAGCCCAGUCUUUCACAAGCCAGGCUGAUGUCGACCGUCUUCUGUCUACUCCGGACAUCGUGGAUCUACAACACAACAUGGACGUGAGCGUAUGGCCGGAGCUGAGCGAGGCAGGGAUUAUGGGCCCACAUGCGGCAGCGCAUAUGCAGCUUGGGCGGGCAAUGGAUGACUUCUGGACGGCGCCCCAGGAACCUGCCUUCAUGCUUCAUCACGCAAUGGUCGAUAGAGUGUGGACUUUAUGGCAGGCACAUGAUCCGGCGAAUCGCCAGUACGCGCUGAAUGGGACCAGCGUGAUGGGAAAUCCGGCUAGUGCGCCAGAAGUUGAUUUGGAUACGCAGGUCACAUGGGGUCCGCUGGGACAGAACAAGACCUUGCGCGAUGUGAUGAGUACUGAGGCGUAUGAAUUUUGCUACGAGUAUGGAGAUUAG